GUCCAGCAGAUCGUCUAUCCUAGGGAGAGGAUAACGGUUCUUGAUAGUCUGCUUGUUGAGCGCUCUGUAGUCAAUGCAGAGCCUCAGCUUACCAUCCUUCUUUGGUACAAAGAGGACUGGCGAUCCAUAGGGAGAACAGGAGGGCUGAAUCCGUCCUGCUUCCACUUCUUCUUGAAGGUAUGUCCUGAGCGUGUCGAGCUCAUUCUGGGACAGUCGGUAGAUAGGUCCAUUCACUGGAAGGGCACCUUCUUUUUCAUCAAUGCGAUGUUGUAG